AUGCAAACAUUUAAUUUGAUCAUUCCAAAGUUUAUGUCUUAUUCUGGAGAAUUUUUUUUAAUGGAAGAAUAAUAUUAAGAUAAAAUUGAUAGAUAUUUCGCCCUUAAAUUGUCAAGCAAAUAUAAAAAAGAAUAUUUAUUCGAAGAGUUUGAAAAAAAGGAUUAAUUCUAAUAAUUAAGAUUAUUUCGUCAUUAUGUAAAGAUGAUUGACAACAAUAAUAAUAAUUAAUAUUAUCUUUUUAGAUAUGUACAAGGAAAUACUCUUUAAGAAUUAAUAGAUAAGCAUAGAUCACAAGUAAAUUCAAUAGACUAAAAAACUAUUAAUAUAUAUUUUACUUAAUUAUUAGAGGCAUUAUACGAAUUACAUAAAUUAAAUAUACUUGGUAGAAUAUUUUCAGUUGAAAAUAUUCUUGAAAAUAAUGGAAAUUUAAUCUUAAUGGAUUUUGGAUUAGGACCAGAAAUAUAAUAAAAUCAUUUAAAUAUUUUAGCACCACCAGAAUUAAUAAAAAAUUUUGAUAACUAAAAUAUGGAUAUUUUAUUUUAACAUGGUUUAAAAGUUGAUUCAUGGUUAUUAGGUGCAUUUUUAUAUCAUUUGGUGAAAUUGAGACCAAUAACUUCUAUUGAGGAUAUUAAUUAGCCUAAAAAAAUGAUUAUUUUAUUAGAUGUUAAUCGUUAUUGUGAUCAUAUUAAAGAAAAGAGAAAAAUCUAUUAAAAUAUAAAUAUAUAAUCUUAAAUACACAACCAAGAUUUAAUUAAUUUAAUAAAUGGAUUAUUAACUUAUGAUGUUCAAAAACGAAUGUCCUUUUUAGAUAUCUAUUAAAGUGAUUAUGUAAAAAAUUUAAAUUUGCAAUAAUACUAAAAAUUUUUCGAAUUUUAUAGAUAAUUUAAUGAAACUUAAAUUUAAGAAUCUUUAAGGAUUAGAAUGGGUAUUUCAUCAUCUAUUCUUAUAAAUACUUAAAUUAUAGAAUAGCAUAAAAAGAAUGAAUAAAAUUUGUAAUAAUUUAAUUUAUUAAAUAAGAUAAUAAUAAAGAGAAGUCAAUAAUCCAUAAAAAACACCAUCAAAUGAUUCUGGUAUAUCUGAAGGGAAACUUGUUGAGCUUCCUUAUAUGGCUUCUUAAAUUUAAGUAAAUUAGUAUAAUCUUCAUAGGAUUCUAUAUAUUAUGAAAUCUGGAAAGAGAUCAAUAUGGAAUAGUUUCUCUAUUUUAUUCUAAAUGAUACAGCUGAUUAAAUUAAUUAAGAAUAUCCAUAAGAGUAUUAUAAACUUUCAAGAAUUGUUUAAUAUAUAUUAAAAAAGCUAAGUUUUUUAGUUUUACAAGAUUUUUUUGCCAAACUAAAAUCAACUCAUUAUCCUUGGAAGGAAAAUAAAAAAUAAGAAUGGACUAAUUUUUAAUAGGAAUAUAAAUUUCAAUUUUUGAAACAUAGUAUAAUAGGAACUAUGAAUAAGUUAAUUGAAUCCAUGAAAAAAAUUUAAGAGGAAUUGGAGAAAAAUAAAAAUUAAAUUUUCAGUUAUCUUAAUCAAAAUAAUUAUGAACCUUAACUCAUAAAAGAGGUUGAAUUUAUAAUUUAGGAAAAAAAGAAUUUUAAUUAAAAUAAUAAUGUGUCUUAAUUUAAUAUUUUUUCAGAUUAAUAUAAAUAAGAUGAUUGGUCUAAGAGAUAUAAGGUGAUCAUAAUUGAUCUAUAUUAAUAUUUUUAAAAAAAAAAAGAUAUAGAAAGAUUCAAUUAUAAAUAAAAAUACAGUCAAAUUUAAUUAAAGAUUUUAUUUUGUAUGCUCAUAGAUAAAUUAUUUUCACUCGAAAAUAUAAACAAAAAAUUUAAAAAUAUCAAACCUAAAGAUAAUAAAAAGAUUAAUCCAGAUGAUAUUUAUUGCUUUAUAUAGUCAAAAGAUAACUAUGAACUGCAAUAUGAAGAGAUUGAGUAUUAAGUGAAAAUUAAUUUUCCAAAUGAAUUUUAAUAAUGA